AUGCUGCCGGGGCUUUUUGGGGUCUGGCUGCUCUUUUUCGCCGGCUAUGAAGCUUCUGCCUUGAAGAUGGAGACUAUCUGGGUGUUGUUCCUCUCUCUGGUCCCCGUCUACACCAGGGGGCAAGGGGCCUAUGCUCCUUCUCAGGCACAGAUCAUCCAUGCUGGACAGGCAUGUGUCGUAAAGGAAGAUAACAUCAGUGAACGAGUGUACACUAUUCGGGAGGGCGAUACCCUUGUUCUGCAGUGUUUGGUUACAGGGCACCCACGGCCACAGGUGAGGUGGACCAAAACUGCCGGCAGCGCCUCGGACAAAUUCCAAGAGACAUCGGUGUUUAAUGAGACGUUUCGGAUUGAGAAGAUCCAGAGGCUGCAGGGGGGCCGCUAUUAUUGUAAAGCAGAGAAUGGGGUUGGGUCCCCUGCCAUCAAGUCCAUUCGAGUAGAUGUGCAGUAUUUGGAUGAGCCUCUCCUCACUGUCCACCAGACCAUCAGCGAUGUACGUGGCAGCUUCUACCAGGAGAAGACAGUCUUUCUCCGGUGUACAAUCAACUCCAAUCCACCUGCACGGUUCAUUUGGAAACGAGGUUUAGAGACGCUCUCCCACAGCCAAGACAAUGGAGUGGAUAUCUAUGAGCCAUUAUACACACAGGGAGAAACCAAAGUCCUGAAGCUGAAAAAUCUACGACCCCAAGACUAUGCCAGUUACACAUGUCAGGUGUCUGUUAGAAAUGUCUGUGGCAUUCCUGACAAGUCAAUCACUUUUGAGCUUACCAACACAACAGCUCCACCAGCCCUAAAGUUGUCUGUGAAUGAAACCUUAGUGGUGAACCCUGGGGACAAUGUCACCAUACAGUGCUCAUUGACUGGUGGGGACCCGUUGCCCCAAGUGAUUUGGUCCCACUCACCCAGCCCUAUGCCUCACAACAGCCUUGUUCAAAAGGGUAAACUCACCAUCUGGGGCAUCCGUGUGGAAGAUUCAGGAUACUACAACUGCACAGCUAUCAACAAUGUUGGGAAUCCAGCCAAGAAGACAGUGAAUCUGCUGGUGCGAUCCAUGAGGAAUGCAACGUUUCAGAUCACUCCUGAUGUGAUCAAAGAGAGCGAGACCAUCCAGUUAGGUCAAGACCUGAAGCUCUCCUGUCACGUGGAUGCUGUCCCACAAGAGAAGGUUUUUUACUUCUGGUACAAGAAUGGGAAGUUGGUCAAGUUUUCGGACCGACUUGUGGGCAUCAGGAAUGACCCUGAACUCCCGUCGGUGACCAGCAGCCUGGAGAUAAUUGACCUCCGCUUCACUGACUAUGGCACAUACCUGUGUGUAGCCUCCUUCCAAGGGGCGCCCAUCCCUGACCUCAGUGUCGAGGUGAACAUUUCUUCAGAAACAGUGCCUCCAACCAUCAUGGUGCCCAAGGGCCAGUCUGCCGUCACGGUCCGCGAAGGCUCCAGGGCAGAGCUCCAGUGCGAAGUCCGAGGAAAGCCCAAGCCCCCCAUUAUCUGGUCUAGGGUGGAUAAGGAGGCCCCCAUGCCCUCAGGCGCAGCGACAGUAGAGACCAGCGACGGAAGGCUGCAUUUGGAGAGCGUGACUCGAGAAAUGAGUGGGACUUACAAAUGCCAGACAGCCAGGUACAACGGCUUCAACAUUCGACCCCGAGAAGCCCUGGUUCAGCUCAAUGUACAGUUUCCCCCAGUGGUGGAGCCUGUUUCCCUGGAUAUCCGGCAAGCCUUGGGCCGCCGUGUCACCUUUCGCUGCACCAUGCUUAAGGGGAGUCCUAUGAAAGUGGCUACGGCUGUCUGGAGAAUCAAUGGAAGUCUGCUGACUGUGCCUCCUGUAGAGCAACAGGAACACUCUGAAUAUAAGGUGGACAAUGUGAGCCGGGAGACUAGUGGCAACUAUGAAUGUAGCAUCUCCAAUGACGUUGGAGUGGCAACCUGCCUCUUCCAGGUAUCUGCUAAAGCUUAUAACCCAGAAUUUUAUUAUGACACCCCUAACCCCAUCAGGAAGCAAUCGAAGAAUUACUCCUAUAUCUUGCAGUGGACACAAAAGGACCCUGAUGCUGUCGAUCCCGUCCUGAGUUACAGGCUGGAUCUCCAGCAGCUGAAUCACAGGCCCUUGCCUCCCAAAUAUAUUCCCGUGAAGAAGAUUGAGAAAGGCAUGCUGCUAGAACAUAUCCUGACUGACCUGAAGGUGCCUCAUAGUUAUGAGGUCCGCUUGACACCUUUGACCCGCUUUGGGGCCGGAGACAUGGCUACCCGUAUCAUUCGCUACAUAGAACCACUCAGCUCCCCCAACCCAAUAGAUAACACCUGCCACUUCGAGGAUGAGAAGAUCUGUGGUUACAUGCAGGACACAACAGACAACUUUGACUGGAUUCGACAGAGCAGUCUUACCUAUGAUCCCAAGCGCACUGCCAACACAGGCCCAACACUGGAUCUCAGUGGCACACAAGAAGGCUAUUACAUGUUUAUUGAAGCCUCCAAACCCCGAGUGAAAGGAGACAAAGCCCGGUUAAUCAGCCCGGUGUACAACAUCACUGCCAAAUUCUGUGUCUCCUACUACUACCACAUGUACGGGAAGCACAUUGGCUUCUUAAAUCUCUGGGUUCACGUGAAGAAUAAGCAGCCCACUCUAGCCUUGUCACUCAGUGGGAACAGAGGAAAUACCUGGCAACAAGCACACGUACCUAUCAACCCUGCAGGACCUUUCCAGAUCAUCUUUGAGGGUGUCUGUGGCACAGGCUUCGAGGGAGAUAUUGGCCUUGAUGAUGUCACCCUUAAAAGGGGGGAAUGUCCAAGGAAGCCAAUCGUCCCAAAUAAAGCGGUUGCCCUUCCAGGAAACAGUGCCCUCACCCUACAGAAAUCUUCCCUCUGUGGGCUGCUACCUUUCUUCCUUUAUGUGCUGCUCAGAUGAUAGCAAGCAGUGGCUCCUGUCUUCUAACCGAGACAUUCCUCCUCCUUUCCUAUUUGGUCACCUCUGUUCCUCUUCCUCCCCCUCCUCACUGGCACACCAAAGUGUCCAUAUGUUACCAAAGACUAACAAGCAUGACCAUGCAAAGGGGAUCCAACACAGAUCCUGAAGGAUUCCUGGAGGAAGUCAUAACGUGUGAGAACAAAACAAAA